UAUAAAAGGGUGAUUCGUUUCUGAGGAAGUUUACAGAAGUUUUCUUCUCCAUCACUUCGAAACAAUGAGUCUCUCUGCCAAGGACAAAGCCUCCAUCAAAGCCUUCUGGGCCAUAAUCUCCCCAAAGGCUGAGGAAAUCGGUAGACAAGCUCUCUUCAGGAUGCUGACUGUUUACCCGCAGACCAAAACCUACUUUUCCCACUGGAGUGACCUGAGCCUUGACUCUCCCCAAGUGAAGAAACACGGAAAGACUGUUGUCUCUGGAGUGGAAGAGGCUGUGAACAAAAUCGAUGACCUGACCAAUGGGUUGCUCGACCUAAGCCAGCUGCACGCUUUCCAGCUGCGUGUUGACCCAGUCAACUUCAAGAUCCUCUCCCACAAUUUGCUCGUGGUUCUGGCCACCCUGUUCCCCGCUGACUUUACUCCUGAGAUACAUGUGGCUAUGGAUAAGUUUCUUGCUGCUUUGUCCCUGGCUCUCUCUGAGAAGUACAGAUAAGAAGCUCUGCAGGCAACAGAACAGACACAUGCAAACUCUAUAUGUAUUUUUAUGUCCUUGAUUGAUCUAAAUAAAAGGCAAAAUGUUUUUGAGCUGUA